UAGUGUUUAAAACACGCACAUAAUUAUUAUUUGUUCCACUGAUUACCUAGUUAAUUUAAUAUUCAUGAUCGACAUUCAGUACCUAUUCGAUUUUGACUAAAUGUUCACUAAUUGAUUAAUAUCACUAUCAUAUAAAAUGGCGAAAACGAAUGAUUUUAUUUUGAGAGGGCCGCCUUGUCAUGCUCCGAAAAUUGACAAAGGGGUUGGAGAAUAUUUUUUCGAGCAAGCUGAUAAAUUAGGAGAUACAAUAUUCCAGAUUGAUGGAAAUAGUGGAAAAACUGAAACCUAUGGAGAGGUCAAACGUAGAUCGACAAGAGUGGCCUUGUACCUUCAAAAAAUUGGACUGAAAUCCAAAGAUAUAGUCUUACUAUGCUGCAAAAAUAAUUUGGACAAUAUCGUUCCAGCUCUGGCAGCACAAUAUCUUGGUGCAAUAGUAGCUUCAAUCGAUCCGACGCAAUCAGUAGCCGAUGCCAAACACGCAAUUACCUUAGUGGAGCCAAAGGUUAUAUUUUUCGAAGAAAAAUCUUUGGAUUUGUUGAAUGAUGUACUUCAAGAAUUCGAUCAAAAACCACAUAUGAUUUCUAUUGGUUCUCUAACUGGCAAGUGUCCUGAUAUGUCAAAAAUUGAAACCGAAGGACAAGGCGAACAGAAUUUCGAACCAAUCAAACAAAAAGGUUCUGAUGUGGCUGUCAUAUUAUUCAGUAGCGGUACAACGUCGGCUCCAAAAGGUAUUUAUCUGACCAACUGGGGCAUGUUGAAUGUUGUUGGGUCAGUAAUUCAGCAUAAUAAUCUAAAAACCGGAAUGAUGAUGCAUUUUACAUCUCUUUACUGGGUAUCUGCAUGGUUGACUACGUCCAUUUGCAUUGUAACUGGCACUUCGAAAGUGAUUGGUACUGAUAUAGAUACGGAAAAAAUUUUAGAGAUUAUUGAAAAAUACAAGGUCACUCACAUAUUCACUUCAAACUUAUUGAUCUAUCGACUAACCAACCUUCCUGUAGAAACUUUCGAAAAAUUUGACACCUCUUCACUUUACUCAAUGUUAACUGGCGGUUCAACAAUUGAUCCUCAACAACUAUUGGCGGUUAGAAAAUGUUUACCGCACACUUAUGUGAAUUUAGCCUAUGGUUCUUCUGAGGGUAGUUUUUUGGUAUGUUACAAUUAUAGUGACAGAAAAUUGUCUGAUGAGAAAAUAUCGUCUAGUGGUAUGGUGGUGCCUGGUGUUCAACUAAAGUUUUCUGAUGUGGACACACGCAAACCAUUGGGACCAAACCAAACAGGUGAAAUCUGCAUCAAAUCAGAAUACAUGAUGGGUGGUUAUCACAAAUUUUCAAACCCAAACGUUUUCGACGAGGAUGGUUUCUUAAAAACUGGGGAUGUUGGCUAUUAUGACGAAGACGGUUACGUUUACGUUACCGAUCGUAUAGGCGAAAUGUUUAAGUAUCAAAGUUAUCAAAUUUCGCCGACAGUAUUGGAAACUGCCCUGUUACAACAUCCGGCUGUAGGUGAAGCUGUGGCCUUUGGUUUAUCGGAUCCUGUUAAUAGGAAUUUGCCAGCUGCUUGUGUGGUAUUGAAAUUUAAUGCAUCCGAGCAAGAAUUGAAAAAAUUUAUAGAGUCAAAACUUGGAGACCGUUAUCAAUUAAGAGGAGGCAUCAAAUUUGUAGAAAAAAUUCCAAGAACGCCAUCAGGAAAAUAUCAAAGGAGAGGAGCGAAAGAAUUAUUUUUAAAGUUACAAAAUUAGUUUCCUCAAGCUUAAUAAAUCCGAACAGAAUGUAGCUAAACUAGAAGUUAUUUCCGUCUGGGGACAAAAUGCCAAAGCCUGGAGGUCACAAUUACCUAUACUGUUUUCUUGUUUCAAUUUCAUUUUGCUCUUAAAUUAAUUUGAAAAUAAUUUUGAAACAACUGAUCAAAAAAAUAAGGAGGCAACAUCAUAUAUAAUAUUUUUCUUGGGGCAAAUUUCAAGCAUCAAACUAAUCAAAAGUCUGACUUGGGAAAGAAAAAUCAUAUAAAUUCCAACAACGUAAAAAUAAAAUAUAUUUUGUUGGAUUAACAUCGGCCAGCACGUCAUUUUCAAUUUAAAGUUUCCCUUUUAGUUUUAAUUAGUUUUCGAUUGAAUAAAAAUUAUUGUUCGCUUACUUUGAGUUAUUUUGCCAUCCUGCCAACACCA